AUGGUGAAUGGGGUAACCCAGGGCAACGUAACCGAUAUCCUUAGCGGGGUGGUGCAGGCGGGAGACGAUGGGUUCGCCUACGCGCAGGGCUUUUCCCAGGGAAGCUAUUACGGCUCCUUCGCCACCUUUUACGGCAAUGAAGACGGUUCGGGAACCAUGGGCGGCGCGUGCGGGUACGGCAACAUGUUCCAGACUGGGUACGGAUUAAUGACGGCCGCCGCGUCGUACGCGCUCUUCGACAACGGCAAGGCGUGCGGCUCGUGCUUCGAAGUUAAGUGCCUUGGCUCGCCGGCAGUUCCGGGCAAAAAUGUCUGCUCGGGAAAAACAGUAACGGUUACCAUCACGAACAGCUGUCCGCCCGGCGGUAACGGUGUGUGCAACCCGCCAAAGCAUCACCUGGAUAUGUCGGAAGCUGCGUGGGGGGUGCUAUCGGGCGUGCGCGGUGCGGGGAUUCUGCAAACGCAGAUGCGGCGCGUGCCGUGCAAGAAGAACGGCGGCGUCGCGUUUAUGCUCACGGGCAACCCGUACUACUUGCAAGUGCUUGUGUUCAACGUUGCCGGCCCGGGGAAUAUCAACAAGUUGGAGGUCAGCGAUGGUACCACGUGGGACGUUAUGGAUCACAAUUGGGGCGCUUCGUACUCCAAGAGCAAAAAGUACGGCGGCAAGGAGCUAUCGUUCCGGCUGACGGCCGUCAGCGGCGAUGUCCUGACCGUCAACCGUGCCUCGGGGGAGUUUUUGGUAAAAAAACAGUACGGGGGAGGUGUGGGGAGGGGAACGUAG